AUGGCGCCCCCCGUCGCCGGGAAGCGGCGGUCGUCGGUGAAGAAGGGGGGCAUGGACAAGAUCGUCCACCAGGUGUCCGGGGGCCACCGCAUGGUCGUCGACGAGCACGGGAAGAUGCACGGCUGGGUGCGGCGGUGCACGCUCGUGGGCCAGGUGCUCGCCUACUACCUCAUCGGCUGGCUCUACUUUGGGUUCGGCCCCGAGGAGUGGACGCUGAAGGAGAGCUGCUACUUCUUGACGGUCACGUACACGACGGUGGGCUACGGCGACAUCACGCCGCGGACCGACGGCGGCAAGGCCUUCGCCAUGUUCUACGCCCUCGUCGGCGUCGCCGUCGUCUUCCCCGUCGUGCUCGAGCUCGGCCAAUGGCUCGUCGACUACCUCGAGCGGAACAUCCUCGAGCGGUUCAACCGGUCGCGGACCGAAAAGGAGGCAAAGUCCAUCGUCGAGCCCGUCUGGCCCAAGGUGAGCCUCAGCGUCUUCCUCGUGCUCAUCCCCCUCUUCGUCGGCGCCGCCUUCUUCAGCCACACGCACGUCCGGAGCUGCGGCAAGGCGUGGACGGAGUGGGACGCGUUCUGGUGGUCCUUCGCGACGAUCACGACCAUCGGCUACGGCGAUUUGGACCUGGGCUGCGAGGGCGACGUCCAGGUCUUCCUGACGGUCUACAUCGUCCUCUCCGUGGUCAUCGUCGCGGCCGCGCUGAGCAACCUGUCGAACGUCUACACGACGUACACGGAGCAGGUCACGGAGGAGCGGCUGCUCAACGAUUUUGAUGUGGACCGCAUCCUCGCCAUGGACAUGGACGGCGACGGCGUCCAGAAGGCGGAGUUCGUCAUCGGCAUGCUCGUGGCCAUGGAGGCGCUCGACCAAGACAAGCUCGCGCUCUACUCGAACAAGUUCGACGAGCUCGACGCGGACGGGUCCGGGUCCCUCGACGCCGACGACCUCCUGCUCCUCGUGGACCAGAUGAAGCGGCGGGGCAACGACCGCGCGUCGUCCGUGGGCCACGGGCCCGGCGGGCCGGGGCCCGACGAGGCCAAGUCCGCGGACGACGAGGACCGACGACGAAACGGGGGGCUCGAGCUCGUGCCCGACGAGGCCCCAUUCUCCCUCGGCGACGCGGGCGUGACCUGCGCGUCGCCCGCGCCCGCGCAGGGGUACGAGGCGUGGUGCGGCUGCGCGCCGGCCUACCUCUCCCCGGGGAUCGCCAAGGUCUAA